AUGGCUAUGGUUACACAUUUACUAGGGUUAUGCCUCUUGUGUACAAGUGUCGUCUUGGCAGACGAUUCUUCGUACGUUAAGUUACACUAUCGAACACCUUAUGACUUGCUAUUCUUUAGCGAUUUUCUUGUCAAUGCCACAUUUGGAAGUUCUUCCGAAGAGGUCAGCAUGCUUCUAUCGUUAGACUCUGCUGAUCUGUGGGUCAUUGCUGAUAAUGCAGUAUGUUACGAUAACGGGACUUCUGAGGAAUGUCCGCAAGCUUAUGGUUCAUAUAAUUUUGAUUCCUCUAAUAAAGUUGGUGGUGCCAAUGAUUCCUCAUUCGAGUACCCCAACUACUCAAGUAACGAUGGGUUUAUCAACAGAGGUGUAUGGGGCGAGGACAAGCUUUCUAUUUCAAAAGAUGAUGUUGAUUUAGACGAUUUCAAGUUUGGAGUGGUGGAGAAGGCAAAUUUAACUGGUCAAGAUCCCUAUGGUGUAUUAGCUUUGGGCUUCAAUUCAACUUCAGAUGAUUCGUCUAAUCUCCUUUCUUAUUUAAAGGCAAAGGGGAAGAUCAACCGUCGUGUUGUUUCAUUUAUUCACGAUAACCUCACGGAAAAUACGGGGUAUGCUCUUCUAGGAGCUGUUGACCAAGCCAAGUUUGUUGGUGAUUUACAAUCAUUACCGAUGGUGAACUCAAACAUGUAUCCUUCAAAUUCCAACUUCUCCUCAGGUAAGUUUCAAGCAGUAUUAAGUGAGUUGGCUAUCAAUAAUCUUAAGUCAAGAACUGUUGUCACUAAAUCAUCUUACCCCGUUGUGUUUACUACCAACCUGGACUUUGUCUACCUUCCUCCUGCAGUAUUUGAAAACCUUGCCAUAUUGUCUAAUGCAAACAUCAGUUUUGCAAAUUUUAUUUUUGAUUGUCCUAAAUACGACAGCUCCAUCUACAUUGAGUUCAAUUUCAACGGAAUUAACGUUACCAUUCCUUACACUAGUUUUAUGUUUUCUUUUGUUGAAGACAAAUGCAAUUUAGGUUUUACUGUUCAAGAACAAGGUGAUUUUAUUGUGUUGGGCCGGUCCUUUUUGAAGAGUGCAUAUGUUGGCUUUGAUCUUGAUCUGUCUGAAGUUCUUUUAGCUCCAAGAUAUUAUACUUCUGAUGAGUUGAUUGCCGUUGCCGAUGCUAGUACAGGAGUUCCCGACGUAACUAAGGCUAGUGCUUAUUCCUCAACAUCAAUAUCAUCUCCCACUGAAGUACAAGCGACGGCUUCAGCAGUCAAGUACUCUACGGCGUAG